CGUUCACUCAAAGGCAUGGGAGUCUGAAGUUGAUGACACCCCCUAAGGGUGUGACAGGCUGGAAGAAGAGGUUCUUCUACGUGAAAGCCUGUGCGGUCUAUGCUAACAUGUCUUUCAGGAACGUCGAUGUUGGAGUUUCCGAUGAAGAUAUUCCUGUUGCUUCCGCGAAGACCGCGGACUGGUUCUCUAGGCUGCGGCCUAUUGAACUCAAGAAGUUGGAUAAUGACCAACUAUGGAUAUUGCGGAUGAUGCUCUCUAGACCGGAUAGGAAGGAAAGGCCCGUGUUGCGGGAACAGGGUGGUGCGGAUGCGGUUGGCUUGUGGAGGAUGUUUGAGCCUGAUUUCAAGGGCCAGGUUGAACUGAUCGCGGUUGAGCUGAAGAAAGGUUUCAACCUUGAAAUUCUGAAGAACUUCCGCGUACCAUCGAAAGCGGUGCUGGAAGCCCCGGUUCCGGGAGACGCAAGAGGUACGUCUUACGUGGCAUUAGUUUUUUCAGUUUAUCUUUUUGACUGGUCCUGUUGAUUGUGUGAAUCCAGGUGUCCUUGCGGAUUUGGGGAAGUUUGAGAAACGCGUCCCCAAAAAGACUGUGGAGAAGAAAACGGUAAAAAAGACCGUGCGGGGUCGUGGCAAGGGGAGUGUUGAAGGCUCAGCUGCCCCUUCUUCCGUUUUCGAAGCCGCAGGUACCUAUCAAUCUUGUUCUCGGGGAUAUACCGAUUACGUCGUAGUAUCUGACACCCUUGAGGGUUUGGGUGUUAUAGGUAGUGGUGCGGCCGCGGGUGGA